AAUAAAUAUAAUUAAAAAAAAAAUUAUAGAGAGAGGCAAGAAGAAUCCCAAUGUCCAUGGAUACAGACAGGAGAGCCGACUGUUUACACUCCAUUGUCCUUGUGAUCAGUUAAACGAAUCCCUCCAAACUUCCAUAUCAUUUCACAGUCCUCUCAAAUAAAGAGGGGUUUGUUUAUGAGGAUUUUUGAAGGUGUUGGAGUGUGAUUUGUUGCUCAUGUGAGUGGAACAAGCUGAAGAAAUGUCGGAGGAUGACGAUCGAUCUUUACCUUUGGAUCUAGGCGGCGGCGGCGGCGCUGUUGCUGAAUCUGCUAGUAAAACUCGUAAUUGUACUGGCUGUUAUGGCCAUUUAGCUGCUUCUGGUUCUGUUGAGAAUACUCUUCACAAUGUUCUUGAGAACGUGCUUCACUUUCUCACUUCUCGCCAUGACCGGAACGCGGCUUCGCUUGUUUGUAAGUCAUGGUAUGGGGUUGAAGCCCUUACUCGAUCUGAGCUGUUCAUCGGAAAUUGUUAUGCGGUUUCUCCUCGCCGAGUUACGUCGCGGUUUAAUCGAGUUCGGUCAGUGACGAUCAAGGGAAGGCCGAGGUUCUCGGAUUUCAACUUGAUGCCGCCCAAUUGGGGAGCUCACUUUACUCCUUGGGUUGCGGCCAUGGCUAAAUCCUAUCCUUGGCUUGAGAGAAUCUACUUGAAGCGUAUGUCAGUCACUGACGAUGAUCUGGCGCUACUUGCCGAGUCUUUCCCUGGUUUCAAGGAGCUUGUGCUUUUUUGCUGCGAAGGGUUCGGCACCAGCGGGAUUGCUGUGGUUGCUUCUAGGUGUAGGCAGCUUCGAGUGCUUGAUCUGAUUGAAUCUGACAUAGCAGAUGAUGAAGUAGAUUGGAUAUCUUGUUUCCCAGAGAAUGAAACCUGUCUUGAGUCUCUAGUUUUUGAUUGCGUUGAAUGCCCCAUCAAUUUUGAGGCAUUAGAAAUGUUGGUGAGUAGAUCCCCGUUGUUGAAGAAACUUGGAGUGAACCGUUAUGUUUCCAUUGCACAGCUAUACCACCUGAUAGUUCGGGCUCCACAACUAACACAUCUUGGAACUGGUUCGUUCUGUAACCCAGAGGCCAUGAUCCAUGGGGAGCCAGAGCCCGACUAUGCCGCUGCUUUUGCUGCUUGCAAGUCCCUAGUCUGUCUCUCUGGAUUCAAGGACAUUUUACCUGAUUAUCUACCAUGUAUCUAUCCAGCUUGCGCUAAUCUCACUACUCUGAACUUGAGCUAUGCAAAUAUAUCUGCUGAACAACUCAAACCAGUUAUAAGCCACUGUCAUAAGCUCCAGACUUUCUGGGCUCUUGAUUCAAUAUGUGAUGAAGGACUUCAAGCUGUUGCUUCAACUUGUAAGGAUCUGCAAGAACUUAGGGUUUUUCCUGUUGAUCCUCGAGAAGACGGUGAAGGCCCAAUUUCUGAAGUCGGCUUCCAAGCAAUAUCUGAGGGUUGCAGGAAAUUGCAAUAUAUCCUCUACUUUUGCCAGAGAAUGACAAAUGCAGCUGUGAUUGCUAUGUCAAAGAACUGCCAAGAUCUUGUGGUGUUUAGGCUAUGCAUUAUGGGGCGACACCAGCCAGACCAUAAAACUGGAGAACCCAUGGAUGAAGGGUUUGGUGCCAUUGUUAUCAAUUGUAAGAAGCUCACCAGGCUUGCUAUCUCUGGAUUGUUGACCGAUCGUGCUUUCAGCUACAUCGGGAAGUAUGGAAAACUGGUACGCACCCUAUCAGUUGCUUUUGCUGGAGAUAGUGAUUUGGGAUUGAAAUUUGUGCUUGAAGGUUGUCUUAGAUUGCAAAAACUUGAGAUUAGAGAUAGUCCAUUUGGCAAUGGAGGGUUGCAAUCUGGUUUACAUCAUUACUACAAUAUGAGAUUCCUCUGGAUGUCGGCUUGUAAAUUGUCUCGCCAAGGCUGCCAAGAGGUUGCCAGGGCCAUGCCUCACUUAGUGGUUGAGGUGAUGAGGAAUGAAAACGAUGAGGAAGUGGAUAACCAUAUUCAGGUGGAGGAUAUGGAGAACCAUGUUCAGGUGUUAUAUAUGUAUAGAUCUCUUGAGGGGCCGAGGGACGAUGCUCCUAAGUUCGUUGACAUCCUAUAGGAUAUUGAACUACUAAAAGUUUCAACUGUCACUGAGCAAGGUUACAAUUUUGUGCGGUAAGUUUCUUACUGCUUGUCAAGGGGUUAUUCUUCAAUACCUAAAAAAGAAUUCACGUAUACCCACUUAAGAAAGUUGGAUGCCAGUUUUUACAUGGGGAUGGUUAUGAUGGUUCCGGGAGCCAGAACUUAAGAACGAAAGCAUCUCAUCUGAGAUAUGGAGCUUCCUGACACUUUGAAGAGUGGUUUAGUUGCUGAGGAUCAAUCUCUUUACAGUUCGUCCGGCUAAACAAGUUUUCUUAUAAGUUUGUUUCUAAUUGUUCACGUUUAAUUCUUCAUUUCUAUAUUCAGUAACUGCAAACUAGAGCUGCUGGAGGAGGCAUGGGUCGUAGAGAGCUGCAUUAAAAGCUUAGAUACCAAUUAUUGGUCAUUUUAUCAAUUGAAUCAAGAUAGAAAAGCAUUGCAAGGUUUGGAGGAUCAGUCAUCUAUGAAUAUCUCUCCAACCUCCAGGCAGCGGAUAGCUAGCAAGGGGAUGACACAGGUACGCGUACUUCAGCUUUACAAGAAACAUUAGUCCAUUUAUUUUGAUUCAAAUGGUAAGAAGAUGUGAGGAUUGAAAGACCCGGCCUCUUUAGCUAAAUGUUGUUUAUUUCUAAACAGGUGUAUUAGUAGUGUAGGCCCCUGGUUAUUGAGUUUACUAUUGUUAUUUAUCAGAAAAUGUGAGAUGGAUGGGUAAUAAAUGCCAAAAUUAUGCAUGGACAGAAUUUCCAUAGAAUAA